AUGUCCCAUCAAAUCACAGAGAGACUCAUGGGACACAGCCAUGUGGCUGGACUGACUCCCUCUGCCUUCCAGAAGGAGAUGUCUCUCAACACCAAGCAGAGGCUGGCCACAGCUAAGAAGCUGAGUCUGCCUCCCAUUGUCCAGCCUCAAGACAAGCCUGGGACCUCCCAUCACAAGUUCUCAGCAGCUGCCCCAGAGCAGCGCUCGUUUCAGCCUUGCCCACCAGAGGUGGUGUUUCAGAACUACAGCCCCGGUGAGGUCUGUGAAGUGCCGCUGGUUCUGAGGAACAGGGACAAGGUUCCUCACUUGGUGAAGGUCACCUUGAAGAGCUCACCUUAUUUCCAGCUGGUGGGCCCCAAUGACGUGUGCCGCAAGGUGCCACCGGGCCUCUACACCACUGUCCGCAUCCUCUUCACCCCUGGGCAGAGAAAGGAUUAUUUCCACCAGCUCCUCUGCACCACUGAAAAUGAAGAGUUCAUUGUGCCAAUUUGGGCCAUCGGUGGCCGAGCCAUCCUGGACUUCCCUGACCAGCUGGACUUCUCCACCUGUCCGGUCAAGUACACGACCCAGAAGACCCUGCUGGUUCACAAUGUUGGAAACCGGCCUGCUUGUUACGAGCUCAGCACCCAGAGCCCUUUCUCUGUCACUCCGGCCAUGGGAACUCUGGAUGUUGGUGACGCCGUGGAGGUGGCAGUGGAAUUUCGGCCACUGAAGACUGGUGACCAUUCCGGGUCCCUUGUUGUGCACUACGACACAGGUGAAGACACCCACACAAGCCUUCAUGCCAGAGCUGUGGAUGCUCACAUCGGGCUGGACAGGAAUACUGUGACCCUGGAGAAGACGUACAUCACCAUGUCAAACAGCGCAACUGUGCUCAUCCACAACCGCAGCGACAUCACAGCCCGCUUCCAGUGGAAGGCUGUGGAUACUGAGGAACAGGAGGAACAGCUGAGGCAGAGGCAGUAUCACAGGAUAUACCAGCAGCAAAGGCACAAGUUGUAUAGUUUUCUGAAGGAGCGUGAAGUGGACAUCACUUGCCGAGAACGCCUUGCUCUUCUCAACCACACCUUCCAGAGUGAGAUAGCAAAGAUCAGAGGAGAUCCCAUGCUGUUAGACGAUGACAUUUUCUCCCUUGUGCCAAAGGAGGGUGAGAUCAUGCCGAAGUGCUCGGCUGAAAUCAGCGUGUUCUUCACGCCCCAGGCAGCCCAGGUCUAUGAGCGAACAGUUUACUGUGACAUCUCAGGCCGUGAGAACAGGCUGCCCCUGCUCCUCAUGGGGGAAGGCCUCGGGCCCCGGGUCCAUUUCCACUUUGAGGAACUGAACAUCGGGGAGGUUUUUGUCAGAGUAACCCACAGAUAUGAGGCAUACCUGAUCAACAAGGGGCCUAUUGAGGCUCCCUUCAAACUCAUCCCUCCAACCACAGCCAUGGGCUCCUGCUUCACCUUCCUGCCCCAGGAGGGCAUCGUGGCACCAGAGAAGCUCCAGGCCAUCCGGGUCUCCUUCUGUCCCACCAUCCGGGGGGAGUUUGAGGAACAAUUCUAUUUCCAUGUGGCUGAAUCCCCUAAGCCUGUGAUCUUCACUGUCAGGGGCUCUGUGAUGGGACCCACUUUCCAUUUUGAUGUGCCCGCCCUGCACUUCGGUGACAUCGCCUUUGGUUUUCCUCACACCUUGAAGUGUUGCCUGUUUAACACCUCCCUGACGCCCAUGGGCUUCUCCCUCUACAUUCCUGGGGAUGGCUUGGGAGUGCCCAGUGUUAGCAGCACUACUCAGAUAGGCAAACCCAGCAGCCAGUUGUGGAGGAAGGAAGUUCGAGUUCUGAGGAGAUUACAGGAAUUUACCAUAAACCCCCACAGCGGGACCGUCCGUGCCCUGGGAUCCCAGGAUAUCAAGGUCACCCUGUGUCCCAACACUGUUGGGGACUACAAUCUGGAGCUGGUGCUGGACGUGGAAGACGUUGGCAGGAAGGUGUUUGCACUGCCCCUCACAGCCAGGUGCAUCGUUCCUACUCUGCGAGUGCUCAACCCUGUCGUGGAACUGGGGCACUGCUGCCUGAAGGUGCUCUAUGAUGAGAAGGUGACCCUGGUGAAUGACAGUGACUUCCCAGGCUGCUACUGUCUUCUCCCUCAGGAACACAAGGAGGAGGCUGCUGCGUGGUACUCCAGCCUUGCACCCUCUGGGAUUAUCGAGGCUCACAGCUCGGUGCAGAUCCCAAUUACACUCCAGGCCCAGUUGCUGGGACAGUGCAGCAUCACUGCCAAGCUGGCCGUGUUUGGGAGACCAGGAUCCCCACUGAACUUAGUGUUCAAGGAUGGCUGUGCAGCAGCAAAGGCUGGGAAGGUGCUUUGGGCCAAGGUGGAGCAUUUGAAUGAAGCAGGCAGGAGGGCCAUCAUUGUCCCCAGUCUAGGAAUGCUCUUGGAGCUGGCUGUGUUUUUAAAACUGCCUUUGUUGCGUCUUUUGACCUUUCCUACCUUCUUCCUGGAACAGGAAAUCCGUUUAGAGUGCGUUGGCCAGGGCCCCGUUGUCUAUGUCCAUCCCAGGGAGAUAAACUUCGGCUCUAUCCCAGUCCUAGAGGAUUGUUCCAAAACUCUCCACCUCGCCAAUCAGUGUAAGAUUCCUGCAGCCUUCCAGGUGGAGAUGGCUGUGGAACGUUCCUGCUGGAGGAUUGAGCCCAGUAAAGGAGUGGUCCCCCCCAGUUCUGAGGUGUCCGUGGCUGUUGUAGCUAACCUGAAUGACACAGUGAAAUUCCAGGAGAAGCUGAAGGUGUUCAUUGAGAACAACCCUGUGACCAUCAUCCCUCUCCAGGCUGUGGGCAUUGGCACCACAGUUGUCUCGGACAAACCUCUUGUUCCGAAGCUCGACUUGAAGUCCUGCUUCAGCUUCAGUCGCUGCUUUUACCACUUCCAGCUGACGAACAGAGGCCGCCGCACGCAGCGGCUCUACUGGAGCACGGAAGGGUUCCGCACCUUCCGCCGCAGCGCGCGGGCCCCGGCCCCCGCGGGCCCCCCGGGCAAAGGGGCUCCCCCCAUGCCCAGGCCUGGCAGCCCCGUGUUCAAGCUGUGCCCAGCGCAGGUGGACCUGAGGCCGGGCCAGACUGUGGACAUGGUGCUGGAAGGCUGCUCCAGCACUGUCCAGGAGGUGAAGGAGCGGCUGCUGUGCCACGCUGUGGUGGGGAAAGAGACAGCAAAGAAACAGAUCCUGCAAACAGAUGUCAUCUGCAACUUCAUCUGCCCUGCAGUGCAAAUGUCCCCCAGAGCCAUCGCUUUCCGUGUGGAAAAGAAACCCAGUGAUGUCCUGACACUGCAGUACCAGCCGCUGACCUUAAAAAACACCAGCUCCCUGCCAUUCAGCGUGGUGCUGGACUUGGAGCAGCCCUUCCUGGUCUGCAAUGUCAACCGGAAGCCCCUCCCUGCAAAUUGCAAGCCUGUGAGAGUGGGUGUAGGGAAGGAACUUCAUCUCUGCAUCUGCUUUAACCCAGCUUAUAAGAACAGUCUGAUCAGCUGGGUGGUAAAGAAGGUUCUCAGGGUGAGCUUCAUGGAGCAUCCUCAUGUGGAGAAGAUCCCUCUUCGGGGGGAAGUCUGCUUCCCAAAUCUCCACCUCCCCACCAAGGCCGUGGACUUUGGCUGCAUCAUAAAUGACACUGAACAAGAGUUGAAGAUGGAGAUGACCAACUGCAGCCCACUCCCUGUCAACUACCACUGGUCAUUCCUGACAGACAGCCAGGUGAACACCAUCAGGUUCAUCCCUUCACCACCUAAAUUCAAGCCACGGUCAUUAAACAAGAGGAGAGUGUUUCUACGGAGAUACUCCAGGACUGAAAGUGUGGAGGAGCCAACUGAAACCCCAGAAACAACGCAGGAUUCCGCCCAGGAAGAUUCUGCCCAGGAAGAUUCUGCCCUGGAGGAUUCUCUCCUGGAGGAUUCUGCCCUGGAGGAUUCUGACGAGCAGGAUUCUGCUCAGGAAGAUCAUGCCCAGGAGGGUCCUGCCCUGGAGGAUUCUGCCCAGGAGGGUCCUGCCCAGGAGGGUCCUGCCCAGGAAGAUCCUGCUCAGGAGGACUCUGACCAGGAGGAUUCUGCUCAGGAGGACUCUGACCAGGAGUCAGCAUAUGCAGAGCAUUCCCUGGAAUCAGAGGGGCUGUCAUCCACUCCUGGGGCGUCUCAGAGGCCGCUGAGGAUGAGGGGACUGAGCUGGUUCUCAGAGAUGGAGCACCCCAAGCUGGGAAUGCAGGAGGUUUUUGACGUGCGGCCGCUGUGGGGUGAGCUGCAGCCGGGAGAGAGCGAGCAGGUCACCUUCACCUUCUUUGGGCACGCCAACGUGGUGGCGCGUGUGCGGGCGCUGUGCCACGUGCAGGGAGGCCCCAGCUACGAGGUGGUGCUGACCGGGGAGGCCUCGUGCCCCAGCUACCAGCUGGACCUGCAGGAGAUCGACUGGGGGCUGCAGGUACCACAGGCUGCUCCUGCCACAGCUCCUUGGCUGCCAUCGUGGCCACCCCCGUCCCAGGCUCUCUCCCCCUCUCAGCCCCUCUGCUGGCUCUGGGGCUUGGAACACAACCUGUGAGAGACAGGCCAGCAUCCCAGCUGGUUUGGA